AUGCUGGGCAAUUUGGAGUCUCUGCAGCACCCUAAGGCCUGGAGCUGUCCUGAAGGGGUGGUAGUGGGAGGGCAGACUGGAAAGCUGCUGUCUGAGAUGGGGAAGCUGAGGGGGGUUACCGCCCAGGAGCAGCACCCAAGGGAGCACGAAGGUGAGGAAGAUGCCCAGGUGCAGCUGGUGCAGAGGAGGCUGCCCAAGGCAGGACGCAGACCACCCAGACUGCGGUCAAAAAUGGACAAGCUGCAAAUCCUGCAGUUGGAGCUCAGCUUUGUGAAUGCCCGAGCCAGCCGGGCCUGUGCAAGGCUGAAGAGGAAGGUGGAAAUGGGGUGCAAAUCACACUUGGAUCGCAGAAGGGCCAUCAUCCAGCGCAUCCCUGGCUUCUGGGCCAAAGUGAUGAUGUACCACCCCCAGGUUUCCGUCAUCCUCAGUUGGGCAGAUAAAGACCUGCUGAGCUAUUUGAGGAAUUUAGAGGUGGAGGAACUCAGGUAUCCCAAGUCCCUCUACAGGAUCAAGUUCUCCUUUCAAGAAAACCCCUACUUCCAGAAUGAAGUGGUCGUGAAGGAGUAUCAGCUGAACAUCACUGGGUAUGAGGCAUCCUGUUCCAGUGUGCUGCAGUGGCUCGUGGAUGGGGAUGCACUGGUGCACAGCCCCUUGCAGGACUCCAGCAGGCUGACCUUCUUCAGCUGGUUGUCAGGGCACAAGUGUGCUGACUCUAACAGGAUUGCUGAGGUCAUCAUCGAGGAUCUGUGGGUCAAUCCUCUAGACUACUGCCAGGUGGAAUGCAGCACCAGGGCAGAGGAUGCUGGCCUGGAACCUCGGCCUGCUACACGACCAGACCCAGUCUCCAUGUUUGGGUACAUGCCAGCAGGGCCCAUGAAGCGAAGUACAGCAAAAGAUGACAUGGUUCACCUGUGUCUUCAUGAAGCAUGA